GAGCUGCUUUUUCAUGAAACGGGAGUAAUGUAGUGAACUUAGAGGAGAGACACAAACUAAAGUAUCGAUCAUAUACCACUACCAACGUUUGGAUCGAUAUCUGCAUCGAUCUGCCCACCCUUGUCUCCUGGAUCGUAGCUGAGAUCAGCGUGAACCACGUGGGUCUCUGCUCCCUGAUCUGUUUCCUGUGUUUGGAAAGAGUUCCAGCUUCAUCACGGAGUUUCUCUCGGUUUGUGGGCUCAUCUAAAGCUGAUCAGCAGGAGGAGAGUCUGACGGAGGAACAUUUUCAGCCAUUUGGACUCAGCUCAGCCACUACAGAGGAAACAAUGACUUCAACACAAAAGGACCAACAUGGAGCGAGAAGUCAGCGCUCUCAGGAGGCCCACAAACCUUACAGAAGAAAGGGAGAGAAAAAAUACAGCUGUGAAGAGUGUGGGAAGGAUUUUACUCAGAAGAUUGACCUAAAACAUCAUCAGUUCAUCCACACUGGGGAGAGACCAUUCAUCUGUGACUUGUGUGGAAAGUCUUUUAGACAGCCUGCAAACUUAAAAAAACACCAAGUCAUCCACAGUGGAGUUAAAGCGUACAGCUGUGAUCAGUGUGGCAAAGCUUUUGCUGUCAGAGGCAACUUACGGCGUCAUCAAGUUACCCACUCUGAAACUAAGGCGUACAGCUGCGACAUUUGCGGGAAAACUUUCACUCAUCUAGCAUACCGAAAUACUCACUUACGCAUCCACACUAGACAAGAUGUUUACUGCUGCGAUCAGUGUGGGAAACCGUUUGUGACAUACUAUGAAUUACAGCACCACAUGCUUACCCACACUGAGGAGAGACCUUAUAAAUGUGACCUGUGUGAUAAGUCUUUUAAAGAGCCACAUUCCCUGAGAAGACACGAACAGAUCCACAGCAGAAAGAAACUCUACAAGUGCAGUUACUGUGAGAAGCAGAGCGACACAGACGGAUCCAGUUCUCAACCCUGUCGUCACUGUGGUGGUGGGAAAGCAUUGCGUUGUGACCUUUGUGGAAAAACUUUCAAUAAUGAAAAGAGCCUAAAGCUACAUCAACGCAGACACACUGGAGACAAGAUGAACUACUGCAAAGAAUGUGGGAGAGGCUUCACCACACCAAGUGCAUUAAAAGAACAUGAACUCUAUCACAGUGGGGUUAAAAAGCACGUCUGUGGCCAGUGUGGGUCAUCCUUCACCACUGCAGAUCAUCUUAAAGUGCAUAAAAGAGUCCACACAGGAGAGAAACCAUACAAGUGCAGACACUGUGACAAAAGCUUCUCGUAUUCAGGGAGUCGUAACAAUCAUGAACGUACACACAUUGAAGGGAACUUCAGCUGUGACCAGUGUGACAAGAGCUUCAAGAAUCUCAGUUCGUACUCUGAACACAAACGAUCCCACGCUGUAAAUAAACUGUUUCACUGUUACCAAUGUGCAAAAACUUUCACUUCAUUAUCUGCUCUGUGCAACCAUCAACGUGAUCAUGACAAUGGCUGAAAUCAUUCUUAUCAUUGGAUCAUAAUGAAUCUGAAGAGACAGACAGUGUUGUUGCAUUUGAGAAGUUUGAUGUGAAAGCUGCUGUAAUUUCUGCUGAAAUCCCUCAUCUGUUAUACAUCAGGU